AUGAUAGAGAGUGCAUUGACCCAGUGGGGGAUUGAUAGUGUGUUCACUAUUACAAUCGAUAAUGCCUCAUCCAAUGAUGUGAGGGUUGAGUAUAUGAGAAAGAGGAUGAAGAACAAAAGUCAUACUGUUUUGGGAGGAGAAUUUCUUCACAUGCGUUGUGCUGCUCAUAUUUUAAACCUUGUUGUGCAUGAAGGCUUGAAAGACUUAGGUGACUGUGUUACUAAUAUAAGGAGUGCAGUGAGAUAUGUGAGGUCUUCACCCGAGAGGAUGUCAAAGUUUAAAGAUUGUAUAGAGCGGGAAAAAAUUAAAUGUAAAAACAUGGUUUGUCUAGAUGUUCCAACUAAAUGGAACUCUACAUAUUUGAUGUUGAGCAUUGCUGAGAAGUACCAAAGAGCUUUUGACCUAUUGGGGGAGGAUGAGCAUAAUCAUUUUGUUGUUCCUCAACCUAUUGAUUGGGAAAAUGCUAGGGCAUUUGCAACGUUCUUGCAAACUUUUUAUAAAGCUACAUUGAAGUUCUCUGGUUCAACUCAUGUCACCUCCAAUUCAUAUUUUUUGCAACUUUGUAUUAUUCAAAAUACAUUGAAUGAUGGUUGUCUCAGUGAAGAUCAGGUCCUGAGUUCUGUGAGUUUUAGUGUGAAACAAAAAUAUGAAAAGUAUUGGGGGACUAUGGAUAUGAUGAACUUGAUGUUGUAUGUUGGUUUUGUUCUUGAUCCACGCAACAAGAUAAAGGCGUUGGUGUUUUGGUUGAGAAAAUGCAAUGGGCCUAUGUGGGUAGAUAAAAUAGAGGCAAAAGUGAGAGACCUCCUGAAUCGUUUAAUUGGGCAAUACAAUAAGUUUCAUGGGGGGGGGGGGGGAGUAGGGGAGUCAUCUAAUAUUGUUGAAGAUACAAGAAGAGCAGAUGUCAAUCCUAUUUGUAGUAGUGAAGAUAAAGAGACACUAUACAGGAAUAUGUUUUCCCAACACCUUGUCGUAGAGAAUGACUUGGAAUGUAGGUCGGAGGUGGAUCAAUAUUUGUUGGAUGGGUGUGAAGCAAAUAUUAUAGAUUUUGACAUCUUUAAUUGGUGGAAGGUUAAUGCACCAAAAUAUCCUACUCUCACAGCGAUAGCUCGUGAUGUAUUGGCCAUCCCUAUUUCUACUGUUGCCUCUGAGUCCGCCUUUAGCAACGGAGGACGUGUAUUGGAUACCUUUAGGAGUUCAUUGUCUCCACUUACUGUUGAGUCCUUGAUUUGCACACAAGACUGGUUAAAGAAUCGCCCAAUGAUCUAUAAGGAAGUGUUUCAGGACUUUAUGGAAAGCUAUGAUGAACUUGCCUUUAAUGUUACUCUUGGCGAUGAGUUUGAGAAAGAGGAAGCAAGUCUUGAGAAAGAAAAGUUCCUUGCCUUCGUGGCCUUACAUGAAGAAAAUGAGGAUUCUCAGUCCUACUAUUUUGAGAACAAUGAUGAAGAAGAUAUGCAGGCAGCCUAUCAGCUUCAAUACGUAGAGCUCUUAAAGCUGAUGGAGAAGUAUAAACAGCAAGUGCUAGAGCUAAAUAGCCUAAGGAAUGAGAAGACCACUAUGCUGAUAAAGAUCAAUGAUCUAGAAGAUGGGCUUCUGGAGACAGUUGCAAUUAGAGAGAGUCUCUAA